CACACAUCAUCCUCGGCAUUGCGCCCAACUCACACCCCACUGCCUCUUACGGCACGCGGAUCUCCUUCUGAGUGGCCCUAGAGUGUAUCCACUCGGCUGCGACCGCGCGGCGGCGGCCGCGCGGGCCCGCGUCGCGCGCAGCCCCAGACAAAGCCAUGGGAUGGGCUCCCUGUCCGGUGGCUGGGCGGCGCGCGGCGCGGCGCGGAGCGCCCCGGCGGGACCAUCGAGGCUGUGGCGGCUGCCCGGCGCUCGGAGGCGCGUCGCGUGUGGUGGUGAAGUUUGCGGCGGCGGCUCGACGGGGACGCGCCCGAGAGGCCUCGUCGAUUUACGAGGAGCGGCGCAGGUCGCACCGCGGACGCGCCCGCCCACGCGAAGGCGGUCCCAGUAGACGCCGUCGCCCGCAAGACGCCCUCAGAAUAGCCAUGGCCGAGAUGCCCGAGACCGGCGCACCCCUGAAGGUGAAGGUGAAGCCGCCGCCGCGUAUCCUGAAGAAGAUACUGGCGAAGCGGAGCGAGACGAAACGAGCGGCGAUGCGCGCGCGGGACGAAGGAGGCGAUCCCGCGGAGGACGACUCUUCUUUACGAGUGGUACUCCCAAAAAAGCCUUCGUCACCAACAAUAGGCGACCUCGAGGCCGCCGGCGACCGUUUGUGGGACAUUCUACUACUAACAGGAUGUACAGCAAAGUGCGGGAGACUCAAUAGCGACGGCACGCCCGUGCGCGUGUUGCCUAGAGGAAACAGCGAUUAUAAGCGAAAAUGGGCCUGUGCCUCCCAUAUGACGAUCGUUGCGUCAAUGGUGGCGCACGGCGGAGGCCUCACUAGCCUUGAGGGCUGGAAACGAGACGACCUAGUAACCAAAGACGUUGAUGCAUUAUUGACCGACGCCCAUACCUUAGCAAAAGCAUUCAACGAGCUGGACGGCGAACUACGAGCCCCGGGCGCACUCAAGUGUACAGUGGCAUUCCACAGAGAGCAGAAGGCCCAAAGGAAGGCCGAGAUCGCAGAGGAGGUCAAGGCUGAGCGCUCGGACCCGUCCUUCAACCCGGACGAGCGCGUCUUCGAGUACUACGUGCGGAACGCGGACGAGAAUUAUGUGCGGGACCAGGACGGGAAUUUGUUACGGGCUACUGUGGUCGACGAUGGCGUGCGUAUCAGGGGAGGCUCGACGAGAUUCCGGCGCGAACCAAAGGUGGUUUCGCCGCGUGUGGCCGAGGACGGGUCGCAUCAUCCGUGGGCCAACAAAGUCCUAGAAGCUCUUGGUGGCGUCGACGCAUUGAAAGGAGCUUGUAAUGCGACCGUGCCGGAAUUAUUUAGUCCAGGGGCAAUCGGAGACCUAGCAGAAGCAGGAUACUUUAAUGGCCACGGGGAGUCUACAGACCAGGGCCGGUGCGCUCGCGCUGGGACGAAGAGUGAUGGGCAAAGCCGCGGCGUGAUCCGGAUCUACGCUGAAAACGCCGAAAUAUAUUAUGAUGCAGAGGAGGGCCUGGCCUCCAUCGAAUUCGAUCCGUCUGACUUUCCGCAUUUAGAUCCUGAGAUGGAGGAGUACAAGAACCGCAAAUUAGCCUCACAUCUCGUGCCUUUUAUUCAACAGGGCUUCGUGCGCUACCACGUCGAUUCGGGGCGUUUUCUUUUUGCCGGGCCGUACUGGGAGCGCGCCUCUGUACUACGCGAGGCGCGGGCGCGGGACGAAGAACUGUCGGGCUUGUCGGGCUGCAAGGGCCGGGCGACGCAGAUUCGCAAGAACGUGCCCACGCUGGGCUCCGUCAUCAUGGUCGUGAUGAUCAAAGGGGUCGCUCACGGGUGCAAGCUCCCGGCGAGCAUGUGGUGCAAGUAUGGCUACAACGUCAUGAAGCGGCUGCUCGGCGGCGCGGACCUCGAGGCGGAGUCCGAGGCGGCGCGCGUGGCCUUUGCCAAGGCCUGGGCGGCGUUGAUGCGGCGGUUUGCGGCGGGCGAGGAGACGCUGCCGGUCCAAAUUGAUUUUCGUAACCAGUUCGCCAUGGACGUGCGCGACGAGCACUACUUACCCGCGCCCAUCGACCUCGGCGUCCUCCCGUCCCACGUCUUCGGCCGGGCGGGUGCUGAGGCCGUCCUCGCGCCGUCGCUCCCCGGAAACCGCGGCAGCACGUCGUCGUGGCCCGCGCUCUACAACUUCCUCGUGGCCGCCGACGCGCUGGUGCCGGGCCCGACGGGCGGGCGCUUGCGGAACGCAGCGGGCUUGGAUGACUUCCUGUCGGGCAAGCCCUCAUGCUCGAGCGUUUUAUUCGCGGCCGACUUCCGCUUCCGGCUCGGCGGGGGGAAGUGGGUCCAGAAGGAGGAGUGGCCGGGCGACCAGUUUUAGCUGGACGACGUCGCUGCUUCCAAAGUUACCUUGUGUCUACUAGUACGUCAUACCUGUGUAAGUAGGGUGUGCGGUUACU